UCAACUUUCACCCCUUACCAGCUCCUGCCCUUCUACUGUAAAUAUGGCCGCUGUCGUGCCUUUAAGAAUCUCACGUAAAUGUAUCUCUACGAUAACAUGUACGAACGGAUAUAGAUUAUUUUCAACCACACAGAAGAACAGUGUACUUACAUCGAAGGAUGUGCGGCGUAUGUUUAUAGAUUUCUUUAAGGAUCGACAUCAGCACAGGGUCGUUUCGUCCUCCCCCGUGCGCCCGCGGGGAGACCCAAGCCUGCUGUUCGUCAAUGCCGGCAUGAACCAGUUCAAGCCCAUCUUCCUGGGCUCGGUGGAUCCCCACACUGAGAUGGCGCGGUACCGGCGAGUGGUGAACAGCCAGAAGUGUGUCCGUGCCGGAGGCAAACACAAUGACCUGGACGACGUCGGCCGGGAUGUCUACCACCACACCUUCUUUGAGAUGCUGGGAAACUGGUCCUUCGGCGACUACUUUAAGGAAGACUCCUGCGCCAUGGCUUGGCAGCUUCUGACCGAGGUUUACGGCAUCCCACCAGACCGGCUCUACGUGUCCUAUUUCGGUGGUGACGAGAGGCUGUGUCUUAAGCCUGACAGAGAUACACGGGAGAUUUGGCUAAGCAUGGGGGUGCAUUCUAAUCGAAUUUUGCCCUUUGGGAUGAAGGAUAAUUUUUGGGAGAUGGGGGAGACGGGACCCUGUGGCCCUUGUACGGAGAUUCAUUACGAUCACGUCGGGGGGAGAGACGCAGCCUGCCUGGUCAAUGGGGACAGCGCAGAUGUGGUGGAGAUCUGGAACUUGGUCUUCAUGCAGUACAACAGGGAGGCCGAUGGGAGCCUGUGUGCACUGCCCCAGCUCAGUGUGGACACUGGCAUGGGCCUGGAGCGGCUGCUGGCCGUCCUGCAGGACCACCGCUCCAACUACGACACUGACCUCUUCACACCCCUGCUGGCCUCCAUCCACCAGUGCUCCAAAUGCCCAGAAUACCGUGGCCAGACUGGGGAGUCAGACGUGUCAGGGGUGGACAUGGCGUACCGUGUUAUCGCCGACCACAUCCGCGCUCUGACAGUUUGCAUUGCUGAUGGAGUAUAUCCAGGGAUGUCAGGAGCUGAACUGGUCCUGCGGCGGAUUUUGCGCCGGGCUGUACGGUUCUCCAUCGAGGUGCUCCAGUCUCCCCCGGGGUCUCUGGCUAGACUUGUGCCCACAGUGGCCCACAUCCUUGGUGAUGCUUAUCCUGAAGUGGCCAAAGAGACAGAGACGAUCAUGGACGUCAUCAAUGAGAAUGAGGCCCAGUUUCUGUCCUCGCUGAGCCAGGGCCGGCGUGUCAUCGACAGAACCCUGUGGAGGAUGGACGGGGCUCGGCUGUUCCCAGGAUCCAUCGCCUGGUCCCUGCAUCGCAACCUGGGUUUUCCCCUCGACCUCAUCAGCCUGAUGGUGGAGGAAAAAGGCGUUGCCAUGGACACAGAAACCCUGCAUAGGUUAGCAAUGGAGGAAGAGAAGUUGAAGACCGAGGCCCAGGCGUCUGACAUGCAGAGCUGCGCAGAGCUGGAUGUCCUCACCCUCACUGAACUGCAGAACAAGGGCGUUCCCUUCACAGAGGACUCGCCAAAGUACCACUACAGUCUGGGGCAGGAUGGGAAGUAUGCGUUCCUGCCCUGUCAGGCCACCAUCCAGGCACUCUACUGUGGACAGGCCUUGGUGCAGGAAGUGCAUGAGGGCCAGAGGUGUGGCAUCAUUCUGGACCAGACCUGCUUCUAUGCAGUGCAGGGAGGACAGAGCCAUGACCAGGGAUACUUUACCCAAGACAGCCAGCCGGACGUCCUCUUCCCUGUGGAGAAGGUGCAGCUGGUCGGAGGGUACGUGAUUCAUCAGGUCACUGCCGCUGAGACCCUCCGGAAGGGAGACCAGCUUCAGCUCUUUGUAGACGAGGCCCAGAGGCUGGCCUGCAUGGUGAAACACACAGCCACACACAUCCUCAACUUCACCCUCAGGCAGCUGCUGGGAGAGGAGGUGGAGCAGCGGGGCUCUCACAUCACGACGGAGCGCCUGCGCUUCGAUUUCAGCAUCAAGAAACCACUGAGCACCCACCAGCUUCAGGACGUUGAGAAGAUGAUGCAGGACAUUAUAAGACGAGACGAGCCUGUUUAUGCGGAGGAGUUGCCCUUGCUGGUAGCCAGAGCCAUACCGGGACUGCGAACUGUGGAUGAGGUCUACCCUGAUCCAGUGAGGGUGGUGUCAGUAGGUGUCCCUGCGUCUGACCUGCUCUACAGCUCCAACCCCAGCACAACAUCUGUUGAGCUCUGUUGCGGAACGCACCUCCUGAGGACAGGAUACAUCCGGGACUUCGUCAUUGUGUCUGAGAGGCAGAUGGUGAAGGGAAUCAGUCGCGUUGUAGCCGUCACAGGAGAGGAAGCAAAUCAGGCUCGCGAGGCCGGCCACGCCCUGGCCCAGGUGGUGGAGUCCCUGUCUGCACGGGUGCCAGCAGCGCCCCCCUGCCUGUCCUCUGCACAUGGCCUGUCUAAAGAAGCGGGUUUGCUGAUUGAUGCCGUGGAGAACACAGCCAUCCCCCAGUGGCAGAGGAGGGAGCUUCAGAGCCAGCUGCGAGCUCUGCAGAGGGUCGCCAACACCAUGGUCAGGAAGCUGGAGAUCGCUGAGGCAGCCAGCAAAGUUCAGGCGUUGCUGAUGAAACACAGGGAAGAAAAGCUGGUCGUGGACACCGUGGACACAGACUCAAUAUCGGUGCUGAUGAAGGCAGUGAAUCAGUACAGUAACCAAGCCCCUGGGACCCUGGUCAUGUUACUGUCACACCAGCAGUCUGGAAAGGUCCUCUGCGCCUGUCAGGUGCCCAAGGGCUGUGGCCCUCUGUCUGCCAGCGACUGGGCCCUGGCCGUAUGCACCUCUGUUGGGGGAAACGCCGGCGGCUCCACCACCGUGGCCAAGGGGACAGGAUACACCACAAAUAUUACAGAGGCCGUCCACUGGGCGAAGGAGUUCGCAAAGGGCAAUUGGAGGAGCUGAGCGCACUGGGACAUCACCUGCUGUCUGUUUCUCAUAGAGAACUACCUUGUUAUUAAGGGACUGUAAAUAAUUGUUCUUGUAUAAUUGUUGUAUAACAUUCAUGGAGGAAAUUGAAUAUUAUGUGGAAGAUCAGCAAUGUGAAAUCCCCUUCAUAAUAUCCAAGUGUGGUUGGGGUUGGUCUCGCUGUUAUUUUAUUAUUGUUUAUAUUGGUGUUCACAUCUGAGUGGAAGAUGGUUGAACGCGAGGCAUUGAGGACCUUAGCAUGGAGGACCGUGACUCUAUGAUACUGCCAAACGUUAAAUCUCCAGCUUCUGGCGAGGACGACCUCUGCUGCCUGCAGCAGACUAACUGGAAACAGUUACUCACAUAUCACUUACAAAAAUCAUUUUCAUAACUGAAGUUUUAUUGCCUCCUUUUACGGCACAACAUUUUAUAGUCUUCUUUUAAUUGGGCUAAAUAUUAUUUUAAUGAUAAUUACAAUGAUAAAAUCCCAAAACACAUGUACGCUAAAUAAAACCAUUAUAUAACUGG